UGCGAUUCGUCACCACUCGCUCAUUCAUUACUAUAAGAUCUGGACGAAUAAUUUUGAAGAUUACUACUCGCAAUACUCUAUCUGGUCGGUGUAGGUGAUACUAACCCAAAGUUCAAGAAAACAACACCGACACCUUGCCGACACCGCUCACGGCCCUCACCCGUUAAUCAAACAGACUGCUUCAUGAGGAGAAAACAAAGUCUUCCCAGUGCUUGAACCGCCCCAUUAACCGCUCUCCCCUUCGCCCUUCCCUUUGAUCUUCGCUCCUGACGGGUUUCGCCAUGUUUAACAAGGCCGCAUACAGCUGAAUACGGUACAAGGACACGUUCUCCGUAUUCCGCACUUUGGCCGCGUAACGUCAGCUCCUUGACAUGGCAUACUAGUAACUCAAUUAAACAUCAUCCGCGGCGCGAAGUCCAAGUGUUUUUCUCGCUCCUUAUGGUCUUAUGGUCUUAUGGUCGUGAUCAUGAUAACAUGCCGGCCUCGAUUUGCCUUACUCUCGCACUAGAUGAUUCCGUGUUUUGAGUACGUAGGGCGCGCCGGCUUCAGCGCUUACUUUCCUUCCUCCUCAACUGCCACAUCGUGAGGGGACUUGUGAGGCGGGUAAAGGGCUUGACUUGGAGAUUUAUAUGAAAAUUGUUGCGAGCCCUCCGUUUGACCUAUACAUCCUUCUGAGUAUCCAUGUCUACUCUCCGUGUCAGACAGACCACCGCCGUCCGCUCCGAUUCCUCGGUCUCUUUCCUUACACCUACGCCACCUCCCCGUCGACCUCGGAAACUCCCCUCAGAAACCACUCUUCACGCCGUCUACCACGAUCACAAUCGUAUCUCGCUCCCUCCCACCUCCGCUCUCCCUCCACGACCCGACUCCAACCGCACUAGUAGUCUUGACCCAGAACCCAUCCGUCGCCAUCGAAGCCUCAAUCCUAACUCCAACUCACCCUCUCAUCGCACGAAAGAAUCUCCUUCCCACAUCGGGGGCAAAUCAUCGCAUAGGCCCUUUCUUUCGCUAGAAGAGGCUGAAGAGAGCGAGAUUCCGGUUUCGGCAUGGACGUCGGAUGCGUUUGACUUCGACCUCCCUACUACACCCGAAACUCCUAACGUCGCUGGUGGAGAAAGUGCAGGGCCCCGCCUCCAGAUCUCUUCUGAAAAACCUAUACUAGAUCUUGAAGUCCAGAGCCCAUUCACAGUUUCCGUUCCCAUCCCUCUGCACGCAGGCACCAUCUAUCCUCAGUCUCAGUCUCAACCCCAAUCACCCCAGCACCAAUCUGAAUCUCAAUCCAGCGCCGACGUGGUCGACACGGGUGCACGGCUAGAAGUUCCACAAAACGGAUAUGUGCGGCGUCGACUAAUCAGCGAGUCGAAUAUGUCCGGUAAUGGACCAAGGCCUCUAGUCAUCCAAGCCACGUUUCCCGAACCGACGACGACAGACGAAGAGUCCACCGCCGGAUCCGUCUGGGACGAUACCCAGCUCAUUUCCCCGCGCGACCGUACCUCCCUCGAUACCCUCGAAAGCCCUCAAUCCAACGAUCGCACCAAAACUCGUCCGCUCAGCACGGCGAUCUCGGACGCACCUAGCGCUCGUAGUAACGGCAGUCGAAGCAGUUCCAAAUCGUACAACGGCGUUCGCACGUCAACGCUCGUCAACCGUAUUCCGUACAACCUCGAGGAAAACGAUGGUCCACCCCUAGACGUACACGAAACCAUUGGCUAUAUCCAUAUGCAUCCAUCCGCCAACGCUGAUCAUGACGGAUUGGACGCACGGCUCAAGGCCGUCAGCCUGGGGUUUCCUAUUUCUCUUCGUCCAAGAAAUAUACCCAACGCCAGGGGCAUAUUCUCUUCUGCGUCAUCUACGAGCGUAGUCGAUUAUCGAUUCGUCCGAUUCUCGGGCCUAAUUCCCUCUAUGCGACCUCUCCGACCUUCUCUUGACCGCGUUUCCCUUGUCCAGCUCGGCGCUCGUUCUUCCAAUAGCAGUCAUUAUCACAUCUACGGUCGGGUCACAGUCCCUUUCGACGCCGGUCAAUGGUCCUUCGAGCAAGAAUGCUGGGUCGUCGAUCUACCACCGGGACUUCCAGUGGAUUUGAUUUUGGGCAUGGAUUGGAUGGAGAGGUAUGAUGCGAGGGUCGAGGUUAGUUUGGAAGGGAUGAAGGUCUCUGGGGCGAAUGGCAAUGCGGUGAUGCACGUGGAUGCAGAUUCAUGCUCGGGUGGACAGGAACAGUGUGGAUAUAGGAAGACGAGGGUGGCGAGCGAUACGUAUAAUUCGAUGCCGCCGGGGGUGCCCGUGUAAGAGAUGAAUGGCGUGACGGUCUCGUUGUUGACUUUGGUUCUCUGCUUUGACGUGCCCUGACGGUUGCUGCUGAUGGUUUCCCUUUAUCUUCAUAUUUACGUCCCGUAUCAUAUGCUGAUUGCCCGUUUGACAGACAGUUCGUCACCAUACCCGAUUUUGCUAGCCCAGUCUCAUUGCUGGUUUAAUAUCUCGAUUCUCUAGUUUGUGUGUGUCCCAACUUACUGUAUCUCGUUGCUCGAUGUAGAUUACGUGUCUUACAUUAUACCCAUUUAUUCGUUUUCGGUGUCGAACAGGACUUCAUACUAGUACGUGGCAGGAUGUCGAGAUAAUACACGCUCGGUUUCUCU